AGUGCUAGACGUCGAACUGUGCACACGUAUUUAACGUACCUAUACUGCAUUAUCGUUUAACGUUGUAGCGGCAGGCUGUGAAUUCAAAUGAAACUCAAAUAAAUAUGUCCAUUUUUUCAAAUACUUAACAUAAAUGUAGUGUGGCUGUGGUGUCAAUUAAUAAGUUUAUCGCUAAAUAUCCAUUCAUCUGUUAAAUCCAGAUUUACCUGGGGCUUAUCUUAAGGCAAGUUUAUCGGCGCCGUUAUCGGUUUUAACCCGUAACAAGGACGUGUACUAUAUUUAUUAAAAUGCCGGUCGAUUGUCCAAAAUGCAACCGGAAAAUUUUGUAUGAUGAAGAUAUUCGUUGUGGGAAAUGCAAAUUACCAUUUCAUCUCUCCUGUGUAGCGUUAACCAAUUCAACAGUGGACAAUUGGAUCUGCGAAUUAUGCACCACAAUGGAAAUAACCCAGCCAAAUACAAACAGUAACUUUGUACUGUCUGAAUUUCAUUUUAACUCCCUACUCCUACAGCUGUCUUCACUAACAGCCAAAAUGGAUGAGAAUAAUGCAUUACUUCAAAAACAAAGUGACCAAAUUAGUAAAUGUGCUAGUGAAAUUGUCUCCCUGAAGCAUGAAAAUACCCAGCUCAAAGAACGUUUAUCAAUACUCGAAACUCAGUCAAUCCAACAGCCUCCAACUGGGGAAUUAAUGUAUGAGCUCCGAGAUAGGAUUAAACGAGAAAAAAAUGUUGUUAUUUAUAAUCUCAAAGAAGCGGAUAAUUCAGACCCUACUCAAACCGAUUAUGCUGUGGUGAUAAACCUACUCAAGACUAUAAUUUCCAUUACUGAAAAUGAGGUCGCGUCGGUUAUGCGAUUAGGGCAAACUAAAAACCCUACGAGACCUAGACCCAUUAAAGUGACGCUCUCCAUGCCGGAAGUCGCCAUCAAUAUCCUAAGAAACAAAUAUAUUCUCCAAUCUUCAUCGUACCGUGACGUGAAAAUUCGAUCGGACUUAACAAAGCAACAAACAACGCACUUAAGGCAACUGAAUGAACAAUUAAGACAACGAAAACUGAAAGGAGAAACCAACAUCACAAUUAAAUACAAGAAUGGCGAACCUACUAUAGUGUCAUCUGAAGAAUCAAACAAACGAGGAAGAGAAGAAUUGAUUAGUCCCGCACGCCCAUUCAAAGCGGCAAGGUCUACAAUACCGAAAUAGCAAUCACAGUUCUUCUCACUAGUGUUUUGGAACUGUCAAGGAUUCUCUAACUUGUUUCAAUUUCUACAGGCCUCAACUUGGACUUAUCAGACAUGGCAUUUGCAUCUACUUUAUUGCAACAUGCUGUAAUUAAUGGAAUGCACAAUAAUGCCACGGAAGAUCACACGGAUUCAGCUGCUGAUGUCGAGGCUGCUGUGCAUGAUA